AUGUCAAAUUCAAUGGCAUCUAUAAUUGCUUCCAGCAAUAAGCAGAGCUCGGUGCAUCUAACACAUCAAAUCGAUGAAAAUACCUUGCAUUUAGAUUCUAUUGUUACUUUCGAUAAGCGGGUUAAAAAUAGAAAACCAAGAUCUAGGGGCAUAGCCCCAUUGCAAAGCAAUAAAUCUGUACGGAUUUCUGAUUCAUCUAAUAGUGGAGCUAGUGCCGAGGCACAUAUAAUCAAUAGGGGUGAUAUACCCAAUACCCUAACAAAAAAAGCAAAAAAAAAUGACCUGUAUACUUUAAUUGAACGUGAUCGUAAAGAAUUAGAAGUAGUCGAACGUGAAUCAGAAAGAAUUUUAGCCACGAAGUGA